AUGUGGGAAUCCAUUUGCCUGACGCUCGCGGCCACCGCCGGUAACAAUAUCGGCAAGGUUCUGCAGAAGAAGGGCACUAUUAUCCUCCCUCCUCUCUCCCUCAAGCUUAAGGUGAUAAGGGCAUAUGCUGAAAACAAACCUUGGGCUUUAGGUUUUCUUAUGGACAUU